UUAUUCGCUUGAUUUUUACAUAUAUUUGUUAUGGCUAUCAAUAGGCCAUCAAUGGUUUUGGCUCCGUUCCUGGCUUUGGAUUGGCCCUGAUUUGAAUAUAUAGGCGCGCUUUGAAAUGCAGGUGUAUUUGCAACAAAACGAAAUAGUACCAAAUUGUACCAAGGAGAGAAUAAAGGAGAGAAAUAGUGCUUUAUGUUGUAAAUAGACAUAAUUUCGUGACAUACCACAUAAUCUGUAUGCUAACGUUAUUUAGCUAUUAAAAAACGAUAAAUGUAACGCUAUUUUCUGCUUAUUUCGUGAUGAGGUAAUUUGUUACCAUUCACUUGAAGCAUUUAACAAUUUAGUCUUUCAGUUAUGAUAUCGCCUGAAAUAUAUUAACUUCAACCCCAUCAAUAAAUUACCACUAUUAGGUAAUAUGGUCAAAACGAUUGAAUAUGCGCAUGAAUGCAAAAUUAGCAGAUUUUUACCUUAUUGCCAAAAAGGGACGGAGACAGGAUGCUUAAAGGGGAGGAAUCCUGAGAAAGUUUUCAUAACGAGAUGAGACUUAAUUUUACGAUCACGACCAGUGGCCUCGUCCCUGUCAUUAAGGUGCAGGAUCAAUCCAGUGGUUUAUGACACAUGCUCUUGAAGUAUACUUCCAAACAUUUGUAUGACGUAAUAUAAGGAUAUCUAUGAUUGACAAACGCAGCGACCUGUACCUAAUGACGAGCAUUCAGGUUUAUUGGUGUAUGCUUUUUAUUAUACUUUAUCGCGGUUUCUAUAAACCAUUCUGUGAGUUUUUUAAACCACCUAAAAAGGGUUCUUGAGAGAGUAGUAAAAAGAAGUGAAUGUAAGUUGGCCUGAACAUAAACUAUAACAAGCCAUUUAGUAUAGCUAUAGCAAACAAGAUGUCCGCCAGGAAAAAGCUUCUUAAAGAGCUAAACCUGUCUUUCCUUACUAUUUGACUUUAUUACCAAGCAGAACAUUUUUUUUCUUUUUCAAAGCAAAGCAAAUGCUUUGGUCCGUAUAACUAUCCUUGGAUUUCACUUCAUCUUGAAUGCUUCAUAGUACUUUUUGAGACAGAAUCUAAAUAGCUAAAGUUUUAUUAUAUCCACCAACACGCGGAAUAGCCCUGGGUACCAUCUGGGUACGUACAUCUGGGCACGUACAUAGUUUCACAGAGCUCGAAUAUUGAAUGGGCAUUGUCACUAAACUGAAUGGCAGAAAGUUAGACAUUCCUUAGAAUCAUAGCUGUAAAACUUCAAUAUCUGUGAAGCCUGGGCUGUGAAAGCUGCUGUCCGUUGUAGGAAGGUGUCUUGUCUUCUGGUCACUUAGAGGCUUUGACUGCUUCCUUUUGGUCAAAAUUAUCAGAUUGCUGUUUGGAGUUCUCCGUUUUUGGGAGGUGUUUAUUUACGGAGGGUUGAUUGUUUUAGAAAGAAGGGAACCUACUAAUAAAGAAGAAAAUGUAGAUUUUACUGUGUGAAAAGAACAAGAAAAGUUUCAAGAGAACCGACUCAGUAUUGCACAUCAGACUGGCCUUGUAGUAGAGUUCCUUUGACUUGUACAAAAUAAUUAGUAUUUGCGUCUAAAUGCGAGACAAGGAAAAUUUCAUUUCGGACGUCUACUUGUUAGAAAAAUGUAUUAGUAUGAAACUGUUGGUUAACCUCUCCUGAAUAUUUGCUAGUGUCCGAAUUUUUACUUGGAUGUUUGUGACGAUCGGUUUCUGAGGAGGGGGAGAAUUCUGUAUCAUGCUUAUGUCUCUCUAGAAAAACAGUCCUAAGAAAUGUGAUGUCAAGGCUGCUUAGCUGCGGUCGCUGUCGAUUUGUUCUUUAUUAAUUUAGCAAUAAAGCCUGCAUUAUUCCUGCUAUGCAACAAAACAGUUUCUUUUACUUGUUUUUUUUCUUGUUUUAUCGUUUGCCGACUGCUGUCCUAGCGACCCAUCAGUGAAAGCCGCAUCCUCGUAAUUUCCUGUUUAAAUCUUUAAACAAUGUUUGAUUCCUUUAUAUUUCAAAAAUCUUGGCAGGUCAGAUCAGCCGCGACCCACAUUGUCUACGCUCAAUAGAACGGGCUAGGAGGCGAUUGUUUGUGAAUCGUAAAUACAGCUUAGUUAACCGAAAUAAAGAAUUUGGUUGGGUCUUCUUUGUAAAGUCAGAAAAGCCUUCUUCACAUCUGGUGGGCCUAUAACUCAACUGAUCCUCAUUGUUUUUGAUGAAUAGAAUUUGAGAAAUGUUGUAGGACAUCAUAGAGCAUUAUAAGAAAUUGCAUUUCAAAAGUUAAUUCCGCAUACAGACUGUUUUUGAAAAACUUCAGUGAGAUACGGUCGAAAGCGUUAUGAGGGGCCAGAAAUAAACUUGUUUUGGGCUCAGAAACGGACCUCAGGCUGCUUCCAUAAUUUUGAGAGAGGACAAAGCCCUGUUGAUUCGAAUACCUUGAAAAGUUUCUCGGUCGUCUUGAUGAAAUGACCAUCUGCGCUGAGAAACACUACCUGCGGACUUAUUCGCUGUUGCGGAAUCGGCUCCCUGACCACAUUUUGGAAUGUAGAAUUUUGUGUGGCAGUUUUUUCGAAGGUUGUUCGCAUCAGAAUCCUAAGAGUUCCUUACGUUGAACUUGUAUCGUUAACGUUGAGAAUGAACGAACCUUGCUGGGAAAACUCACAGGAUGGCUAUUCGAACGCUUUCGAAAAAUUCCUCUUUGAGUCGAUGGCUUUGUCAACGAAACUUGAUGAUAUUAGGAGGAGACUGCUGCAAGAGGAUUUUGCGCCAGAUGCCAACGGUAUAAGGGAGCAAAUUCAACAGAACAACCACGUUAAGAAGUGGAUUGUGAAAGCCCCAAUCGAGAUACUUGAAGAAGAGGCCAAUAAGGUGAUAGCCAUUAUUAAAGAAUCUUGCAAUUGUGUUACUGAAGAAGAACUCUCUGACGAGGGUCGCAAUGCUGUGCAUCAGGCCCGUAGCAUGAUGGAGACCCUAUUUCUUCAACGUGCCACCCUUAAAGAACUAUGGCAAGUUAGAAAAGGUCGAUUGGAGCAAUGCCUUCAGUUUAACGUGUUCAAACAGGAUGCAGAAACGAUGCUUGCGUGGAUUCAAGAAAACCGAGCUGAGUACUUAGAGUGUUAUUCAGAUAUUGGCGAAGAUUUAGAAUCAGUUAAAGAGUUGGAGGAGGAUCAUAAGCUGUUCGAGGCCAAUUGUGCGGAAGUUCAAGUAAAUAUCGACAGAGUUCGACAGGUGGCUCAAAGAUUGCAGGAUGUUGCCUUUUGUGAUGUUGAGGUCAUCGACGCAUUGGUACAGAAGUUAGACAACGAAUGGAGAAAGUUGUUGAUGGCAGUAGAAAGACGUAGCGGGUUCUUAGUGUCAUCACGGUCAUUUCAUGUCAUUGCUGACAAGUACAUGCUAAUGAGCGACGCCUGGAUGGACCGACUAAAAGAAACGGAGAAAGCUGAAUUUGGAUCCAUAGAAGAAGGAGAAGGCUUGCUAAAGAGCCACGAGCGUUUAAAGCGGGAUAUGUCUGAAGCCCACGUCAUCGUAAGUGAAGAAGGAAAGAAUCUUCUAAGUGCUCUUCAGAAGCCAACCACAGAUGACAGAUCAGCGAAAGCGCGCUCAAGGGCCUCCGACUAUUCUGAGGCAGUAUCACACGUGAUGGACAGGAUUUUGGAAAUGCAUGAGCGGAACAGGCAGCUGACAAUCUCAUGGGAAAAGCAGCGAGUUAGACUCAGUCAAAGGUGUGAGCUCUCCAAAUUCCAAAAUGAAUGCAAUGAGGUAUUGGAAUGGAUUAGAACGGUUGGAUUACAGCACUUCAAGGAAUACACAGGUGUGGGUGUGUGCUAUGAAGAUGCAGAGAGUUUGUUCACAAAACAUAACGAAUUUUUAGUUUCAUUUGAGGUAAUUAACGAAAAAGGAAGGAAAUUGUCAGACGCAGCUCUUCAGUUGUCGGAAGCGAAGGAGUGCAACCCUGAAGAUCUCAAUCCACUAGCAUCAAGUUUUGAAAAUGAAUUGAAUGACUUUGCCAAUAGAGUUUCAGGACGAAAAGAAGUUUUGGAAAUGGCAAAAAAUUUUUUCAAAUGCGCUGACCAGUUAUCCUCUUGGGUCGAAAAACUUAAAGAAGAGCUGAAUCUCGACGAGAGGACCUCACUUGACUGUGAGAAUGUUGACGCCGUUUUGGAAAAACACAGGCAUCAGUGUGAGAGCACUUUAGAUCAGUUGUUAAAUACUGUACGCGAAGGAGAAGAAUUGUCGCAAAAAUUACUGUGCGAAUCGACUUUCUUGCAACAAAGGACGUCUUGGAUCGAGGAAAAUGCGAAUAAUCCGGUGAAUUCGGAAAAAGCUGUUAAAGGGUUUCUAGAAAAAUUAAAUGCGAGUAAAACUCAAUUGGAAAAGCUUUGGCUUGGAAAACAACAAAAACUUGAUUAUUGGAUUCAGGUGAAAAAUUAUGAACGUGAUUUGAAUCAGAUUUUGAAACAUCAGUUAGACUGGUUACGACUUUGGGAAAGUAAGGAAUUGGCAUCUGAUUUUACGAAAGCUCAAAUAACAUUGCGAAAGUUUACUUCAGAAAGUAGCGAGAUGGAAAGAGGGAUGAAAAAUGUAUACUCAAGAGGGGAGCAUGUUCUACAUGUGUUGCAGGAAUGCGGAGUUGAAGUUUCACUAACCGACGAUAAAGGUGGCAAAGUUGAUUCGAUAGCCUACAUGAAAAGCACACUGAAGUCGCUAGGGGAUCAAAAAAGUGAGCUUCUUGCGUCCAGACAGAAACUUCACAAAAAAUUACAAGAGUGCGUCCAGCUUAGGCGAUUAGAGGCAGACGCGAAGCGCGUUGCUGGGUGGAUACGUUACGGUGAAAAUAUCCUACAAGCCAGCGUAGCGGCAGGAAGCUCGUUGGUCGAGGCCGAAGCGUUGCUGCGGGAAUAUGAGCAGUUUCAGGUCGCCAUCGAGAAAACUCGCUUAGGUGUCAUGGAAGUGAGAGAGACUGCAGAUGGUUACUUGAGAGACGGUCAUUUUGACUAUGAAAGCAUCGCGACCUGUGUUAGCACUGUGGAGAAGAAAUGGGAGCGACUAAUGAAAUUAGCCGAACAGCGAAGAGCUGUUGUUUUUACUUCCUACAACUUUUAUCGAGCCAGUGAACAGGCAAGUAAGCUUCUCGAAAAAUUCAGCAAAGACUGUCGACGGGACGAAGAUCCUUGUUCAGAAUUCAGCGAAUACAAUUUGUCACACAAGCAAGAAAAAAUUGCCUUGGCACUCAGUCAGCUUGAUAAAGAAAAAAUUGCUGUUGAACAAAGUUGCAGGGAAGUUAGAGAAUCUUCUGAGUGCUUUCUACAAUUGGUUUUACCAAAAGGAGAUGGUGACAACACGCCUGUGCUUGACGGACAGUUUGGACGUCUGGAGAUCCUUGUAAAUGACCUCGUCGAACAGGCAACGUCACAAGAAAUUCCCGUCCUAAAGCAACUGCAGUUAAGGAAGAACGUUUUGCAUGGAUGCCUAGAAUACGCACGCUUUGAAGAGAGUGCAAAAGAGGCUCUUCAAUGGAUCCGAGAUCAUGGAAGCGAUUUAGAAUCGAAAGUAAUCUCGUUGAGGCAAGAGGAAGAAGACCCUAAUGGACCUUCAAGUCCGAAGAGAUCUCCAUCUGACUCUUCAAAACAAACCUACUUUAAAGAGGUUUUUGAGGAAAUAAAAGAGAAAGUCAAGCUUUUGUUGAAUCAAGCUCAAACUCUAAUCGUAAAGACGUUUUUCCACUCAGAAGGAGUAAAAGAGUGUGCGGUUUCUGUUGACACAAGCUACCGUGAUUUUAUUUGUCGAUUAUGUGCAUUCAGGCAAACCAUAGAGCUAAAGCUUGGCUGCUCAAUUUCUGAAAUAGAGGAUGAUGUUGAAUGGCCAAAUAUAUCUGGUUUGCAAGCAAAGGCGAACGAGUUGUCUUCCGUUACGCGAAGAGAGGCGUCGAGUGACAGUGGAAUUCAUGAACUGACCGAAGAAAAACGCAGAUCUGCGAAGAGAAUAGAGUUCAUUAUGAAUGAAUUGCUUCAAACGGAAAGAGCCUAUUGCAGCGACUUGAAAUGUUGCAUCGAGAAUUUUCUGUAUCCAAUGCUUGAUAGUAUGGAUGUUCCGGACCCUCUUAUUGGCAAACAUGAAAUUAUUUUUGGAAAUAUUGAAGAAAUUUAUGAAUUUCACAACACUGUAUUUUUACAAGCGCUGGAGAAGUACGAAACAAAGCCAGAGGAUGUAGGCGAUUGUUUUUGUGACUGGGCGGAGAAAUUCCAAAUGUAUGUCGACUACUGCGCAAACAAGCCAGAUUCAAAUUCUCUUCUCAUUGAACACGGAGAUAACUUUUUUGAGGAUUUGCAAGUAAAACGUGGCCUGGCGCUAUCUAUAGCUGCGUAUCUUAUCAAACCAGUACAGAGAAUCACAAAAUACCAGUUAUUGCUUAAGGAGUUGAUCUCAUGUUGUGAUGACCCACAUUCAACACUUCAGGCGGGACUUGAUGUGAUGUUGAGUGUUCCACGACAGGCAAAUGACACCAUGUAUUUGUGCAUGAUUGAAGGAUUUAAUGAAGGAAGUUUAGAAACACUUGGAAAGAUACUUCUUCAAGAUUCAUUUGUUGUCAGUGAUACAAAGAAUCGACGAAAGGGCAAAGAACGACACGUGUUUUUGUUUGAGCAAGCGCUGCUCUUCAGCAAGGAGCAGAAAGAUAGCUACGGGAAAGUUAGAUAUUUUUAUAAAAGCAAGUUAAAGACAAGUGAGCUGGGAAUCACAGAGCAUUUGGCUGAAGACCCAUGCAAAUUUGCAGUGUGGACUGGAGAACCACCUUUUACGGAGGACAAGAGAACUAUUAAGGCUGAGUCUGUCAUCAUUAAGCAAACCUGGGUAAAAGAACUCCGAGAGCUGAUACAGCAGUUUCGUUUUGGAAUUUUACCACCAAGAACUUCUUUUUAUCCUACAUCGCCCCGUAAAAAGAAGAAAAACAGCUCUUCAUCAACUGAUACCACCAGCCUUGUGAUGAGCGAUGUGAGACAUUCGGCUGAUUUCGACUCUUCCACCAUCAGCAGCAAGAGUGGAGGCACGGAGGUUCUUUUCGACCUUUAUGUUCUAACAGCAGAUUAUAAGCCACAUGGGCCCAGUGAACUGGCGUUAGAUCAAGGCCAGGUUGUGGAAGUUCUCGCAAAACCUGCAGGGAGUAAGGUCUGGAGGGUCAGGCGGAAAGGCGAUGUCCUGCAGGAGGGCCUGGUGCCGUAUAGCAUGCUGAGGAAGUACGAAGAUGGGACUGUGAACGGCAAGCCAGUAAAGCGCAGCUCGGUGGAAACGCUGAAUAGUCACAGCAGUGAAGAGUCAAUGAACCAGUCAUCCGACAGCACAUCUUCAGGACGCGUAUCGCCUUCGUCACGACGGAGAAGUAAAUCUGUUAAUUUGGGCACUUUGAAAAUGCGAACAUGGUCAAAGAGUGCUGGAAGGCGGCUAAUGUCAGCAGCAAGCAAAUCACCCCUACCGCCUCUUCCAAGCAGAACGACAACAACAUCAGGAGGCGGCUCCAAGAAGUUGCAGCAAUUGCUUGGAGCUCCUCGCAACGAUAUCGACCUUUUGCUUCGGCCAACUGGAGACACAAUUCACCGAUCCGCUACUCUGGACCGGGUCCCUAGAGAGAAAAGAAACCAGUCACUGAAGAAGCGAAUUAGCCUCGAUGUCGAGGACGCUGGUUUCCAAGAAGACGAUUAUUUAUCAGAAGGAGACUCUGACAGCGACAGUAACGAAUCGGUAAUACCAGCACUAAACGGAACUGACGCCCAGAAAUCCGCUUUGAAGAAGAGAGAUUUUGUUCUGAAAGAGCUUAUCCAGACUGAGCAGGAUUACAUUCAUGAUUUAGAGGCUGUAGUCAAGGAAUACAUGCCCAGCUUUGCUAGUGCAACCACACCCAAAGAACUCAGGAACAAGGAAAGAUUACUUUUUGGAAACAUUCAAGAAAUUUAUGACUUCCACAAAAGUUAUUUCCUUCCGGAAUUGGAGAAAGUUGGGGAUACAGCAGAGAACAUUGGUGUGAUUGUGUGCAAGGCAGAAAAGAAAUGGGCAAUGUACUUAACAUAUUGCCAGCACAAGCCAAAGUCAAUGCGGCUGCUGCACGAUCACCUUGACUCUUACUUUGAGGAGCUGAAAACCAAAUUUGGCCAUCGUUUAAGUCUGAAUGAUUACCUCAUCAAACCAGUGCAAAGAAUUACUAAGUAUCAAAUACUUAUUAAGGACUGUUUAAAGUAUACUGUUCGAGCAGGCAUUGAUCCGAAAGAGCUCAAGAGAGCCCUCGACAUCAUGCAGAAUGUUCCUAAGCAAGCCAACGACACCAUGCAUGUUGGAAUGCUGGAAGGCUUCUCGGGUGAUUUGAAUGCUCAAGGCAAGCUUAUCAUUCAGGAAAGCAUGUUUGUGUGUAAUGCAAAAUCCCGAACCAAGCCGCAGGAACGUCGCCUUUUUCUCUUUGAGCAGUUUCUUGUGUUCUCAGAACCGUUCGAGAGGCACAGUGACUUUACCGUUUUUAUUUAUAGACACGGGAUCAAGCUUAAUACUUUGGGCCUUACCGAGAACAUCGAUGAAGACCCAAACAAAUUUGCAAUUUGGACCAAAAACCCAGCUGGAGGCUCAGAGCUCUACUUCCUGACUGCAAAAUCGCCGAACAUUAAAAAGGCCUGGGUCGAGGCAAUUAGGAGCAUCUUGGAGACUCAGCUUGAUCUCGUGAAAGAAUCGAAUAUGGAACCGUCAAUGACGCUAAUAAAGCACGAGCAUACAUUUAACGGAGCGUUGCAACAACCGAUAGCCUACCAACAAAAGACUGAAUCUUUGGAAAGAAUAAAUCGAUCUGGUUCCCCUACCAAGUUGCCAUCUGGUAGACAACAUUCUGUGGAAGAUGACAGGAUUUCGAUCAAAUCUUCAAACCAAACUGAAGUCAAAUCAAACACCCUCGGGAAGGUGAAUUUGGGAAGCCAGUUGUCAAUGAAGCCGACUUCAACCCUCAAGCACGUUAAGCUGAUUCCGUUAGCUACUGCCAAGUCGCUGGAAGACUUGACAAAGGCCUUUCCUAUGCAAGAGAAGUUUAUUGUGCUUGAAAACUAUCAAGCCCAGUCGUCGGAGGAAAUGACUGUGACCAAAAAUGACGUCGUAUUUUUUGUAUCAAAACACAAGAAGAACCCUCAGCUUGUAAAUGUGAGGAGUUUCAGCCGUGAAAGAUCUGGCUGCGUGCCUCUUUCUAUCCUUAAAAAAAUGUCGGAAGGGGAGGAAGUAAAGAAAAUCAAAUUUGGAGCUAGCGAUUCCAGACUGAGAAGAGCUGCCAGCUUUGGACACGAAAAAACAAGACGCGAGAGACCAAAAAGAACGAAGAGCUUAAGCACGUCAGUGACGAAAAGAAAAAGAGACACAGCACUUUCACGUAAAAGAGACAAAGGAACGAGUACAGAUUCUCCAUCUGCAAAUACCUUGGAACAAUUGAAUUCGAAGUGGGUUGCCAAUGGCGAGUCAUCGGAUGAAGAUGUCGCGUCGUCUGAUUCGGAGUCAGAUAGUCUUGCGAAAAUUUAUGGCCGCGAGAACAAAACAUCGUUUGAAAUUGCGCCAGAAUUUAAGGUUUUACCAUGUGACGUAACUGCAGAUGCACCAAAUAAUAUCAAAAUUACAUGCACCCUAAUGGCAAACCCUGAUGCGGAAGUUUUGUGGACAAAAAAUGACACUGUCGAGUUGCAAUCCGGUGAACGAUAUCGUAUCUUUAAAAAGGGACCAGUUUGUAUGCUCGAGAUAAUACGGUCACACCCAAGCGACAGCGGCACCUAUUCAGUUUCAGCGACAAAUUCACUUGGAUCAGCAUCCUGUUGUGUUAAAGUCACUGUAAGAGGGCUCGCCCGACCAGGAUCUCCUUCCAAGCCUUGUAUUACUGCCAUGACAGCGACUUCGGUUGUAUUGGCGUGGGAUCCACCCGAGACGCUAGACCAGAUUCCAAUAACAGCAUACACGAUAGAGUACAAGGAGGCAAUCGUAGCAUCCUGGCAUGUGGCUGCAGGAGUUGUUAUAAAUACGACGACGAUAAUUGACGACCUUAUUCCAAGCAAAACAUACCAGUUCAGAGUGAGUGCAAACAAUGAGAUUGGCAUCAGUGAGCCAAGCGAGCCAUCUGACUCAAUCACAAUGGAUUUGCAGACAGGUGUGAAAACGAUUCUCAAUCUCAUUCGACAAAAGUUAAAGUUGAAAUCAAAUGAAGAGUCUGAAGUCCUUCUUCAACCGGUCAGUUGGAAAGAUAAUAUGCAGAUGGAGUACAACAUAUCAUCGGAACUUGGAAGGGGACGGUUUUCCCUCGUCAAAAAGUGCGUUGAAAAAGCAACUGGAAAGGAAUACGCCGCAAAGCUGGUAAAGAAACGAGUCCUUGACCAGGAAAUGGUUGAAAAUGAAAUAGCAAUCCUUAAAGUAUUGAAUCAUCCAUCUCUUUGCAAAAUUCAUGGAACAUAUGACACUCCAAAGAACCUUAUCCUUGUUCUCGAGCUUUUGUCUGGUGGAAGAUUAUUUGACCACAUCGUGAUCAUGGACAACCUCACCGAACGAAUUGCCAUUGGCUUUGUCAAGCAAAUGUUGCAAGCUCUACAAUAUCUUCACGAAUGUGGGAUCGCGCAUCUAGAUGUCAAGCCUGAGAACCUCAUUCUUAGUUGUGGCACUUCACCACGAUUAAAACUGAUAGACUUCGGUGACGCAGUUCGAAUAACAGAAGCGCCUUACAUCCAUGAAAUAAAUGGGAGUCCUGAAUUUAAUGCCCCAGAAGUGAUCAAUGGUGAGCCAGUCAGCCUAGGAACUGAUCUUUGGAGCGUUGGUGUCAUCAUUUAUGUCCUUCUAAGCGGUGUCUCACCAUUUUACUCCGAUAACUACGAACGAUCGUGUCAGAACAUAACAGAAAUUAGAUAUCGAUUUCCCCAUGAAUUCUUCUCGGGCGUAAGCACGGAAGCAACGGAUUUGAUUGAAGAGCUCUUGAUUCACGAUCAAAGCCAUCGUCCCGAUGCCAAAGAGUGUCUUAGACUGCCAUGGAUCAGGAUGACAGAACCUGGUUUUAAACCACAAGCGUUAAACAAAAGAAUCAGUUUAUCAAGAUUAGCGGCAUUUAAUGCCAGAAGGCGAUACCAGAAUGAAAUGGUGACCAGUUCUAUUUCAAGUGAAGGGUCUGUCUCAACAUCCGUCAGCACGGGGUCACAUAAAAUGCGAACGUCGGCGUCAUAGCGAUACACAACGCAAAAGCGAAAUGUCAAACAAUAUGAAGCCGGGAGUGGUUUUUUGAAAAAAUCGGUUCAACGCCGUAGGCCGCCCGACAAUACUGUUGUGCGCCCAACAAUGCAGUAGGCCGCCCGACAAUGCAGUAGGCCGCCCGACAAUGCAUUAGGCCGCCCGACAAUGCCGUUGGCCGACCGACAGUGGCUAAAUUACUUUUUGUACAUCUUCUGUUCUACAGCCUGUCAUGAUAUCAAAAGUGACAGUGGCAUUGUUUGAUUGUAGAAUAGUGCAGCUUAUCUUACUGUUCCUUGUAAAUUCGAGUGAGUCAACUUCAGCUCGGCUUUUCCAACUAUUAAGUGAUACCAUUCACUACUGAUGCUGCUAAUAGUCAAGUAGCUUGAUCGAUGUGUUGAGGCCAUCGGUUGAACCGCUUUUAACCCACAACUAGUUCAAUCUUGCUACCCGUGGAGAAUCAAACACCCAUGUAGGAUAUCAGGUUUCUGUUGACCAAGACAUACCCCAGACAUCUCGUAUGUCAAACACUUUUUUAUCGACACAAAGUGUUAACGUAAGCAGAAAAUAUUGCCCCACCUCGACAGACCCACCCAGUUGUCAAAAGCCAUAGAAGAGAGCUGAAGCAGGUGCUUGAAUUUAAAAUUAAACUAGCGAAUGCAGACAUCUGUACAUAGUAGUACAGAAAAGAUUGUAGGGAUAUUUAAAUAAUUUUUACAUUGUAAAUAAAUAUAUAUAUAUUGAUGUAACGCAUAGUUGCUCUUAGUGCUUCAAUUUUUUGUUUGAAUUUUCUUUAUCCUGUUGAGAGUUUUGUAAAUUAUAGGAUAUUACAUUUGCAUUUGCUAAUUUGUAGUCUUGCGAGUAUUGUCAGAAUUGAUUAAAAAGAUAUUCAGUGUUCA